UGAAGCAAGUCGAACAGUGAAAAUUUAUGCAGUCUCCACCUAUUUACGAAUUGUUGCAGAGAAAAUAUACCAUAUAUAAGUGAUAAUAUCGCCUUUUGUGAAGAAUAUUGGUCAAAUAUACGUUCCAAUGCAUUUGGGAGCGGACAUUUCUAGUGCCCUUCAGCAAAUCGAAGCUGUUAAGAAGGGCAUCGAUGAGUCUGACGAUGCAAAACUGCAAAUGCAGACAGCCGAGAGCCUCAAAACAAUAUUGGAUAUAUUGCAAGAUCCUGUGUUUCGCACAAUUGUACAUGUGCAGGACUCACUUUCUGAAUUGAAUGCACAAUUAGCGCAGCACCCGUCGAUGCUUCCCAAUGAUUUCGAUAUUGACGUGGCUGGUAAUCUGGUAUUGAGCAUCAAUGGUGGAGAUGUGAUGUAUGACUUUUCUUCAGCACCGCUUUCUCCACAUUCCGGACCAAGCAGCCCUGGUAGUGGGCAAUUGACUCCGUCUGCCCUAGUAGGCGCAGUAGAGACCGAUGACCAAGGCCGUCCACAGUCGCAAAAUUCUAAAGUAGCUGGCGAUCUAUUCUCUGCUGAUUAUGCGCAAAUACAAGCAAUUGAGUUAGUCAAUGACGGUACCGGACUAGGAUUUGGCAUCAUUGGAGCGCGUACUUCGGGUGUGACUGUGAAAACUAUUUUGCCGGGUGGCGUCGCCGAUCGCGAUGGACGUUUGCGUUCAGGCGAUCACAUUUUACAAAUUGGCGAUGUGAAUUUGCACGAUAUGGUAUCAGAGCAGGUGGCAGCAGUGCUGCGGCAAUCGGGUACGCACGUGCGUCUCGUAGUGGCGCGUCCAAUGGAGCACACUUCGCCUGGGCAAUUUGCGCUUGAACCUGGUAGUGCUAUUGUACCUACCCGAGUGCUGGUCGACCCAGUUGAAUUAGAGCGUUACUUAAUAUCUACUGGUUAUCCUGAGAUAUUUGGGGAGAGCUCUACAGCGUCUACACCACAAACUACAACAGAAGACGAACGCUUCGUUUAUCGUUCAGAUGACAUUUCCAAACGUCCACCAAUGGCCGUUCCUACUAUCGACUUAGAUGAAUUGUUGGCGUUGCCUGAAACCGAGAAGCUACAAGUUGAGCUGACCAAAGAUGCUAAUGGCCUCGGUAUUACUAUAGCCGGUUAUGUUUGCGAAAAAGAGGAACUCUCAGGUAUAUUUGUGAAGAGCGUAUCAAAAGGCUCUGCUGCGGACAUGAGUGGUCGUAUUCGUGUUAACGAUCGUAUUAUUGAGGUGGACGGCCAAUCUUUGCAAGGAUUCUCUAAUCAUCAGGCGGUUGAAUUGUUGAAGAAAUCAGGACAAGUGGUGAAUCUGCGACUGGAGCGUUACUUACGUGGUCCCAAGUACGAACAAUUGCAGCAGGCCAUUGCUGCCAAUGACAAGAUACCAAGUGGGACGUCGACACCUUCGCGAGUCAAUUUGCCUUCUCCAAUAGCACCAGUCACAUCACAACGCGCAUCCACAUUGGCUAAAGCGCUAUCUUCAACACAUGCUAUGGAGGAGCUACACGAUCCGUCUUUGGACAGCAUUGGCAGUUUGCCACCAGUCACGGGCGCAGAUGCAUUUUUGGUCGUCACUUCGCCAUCUUCUUCAUUGGUACAAACGACCACUUUGAGUAGUUUUGGUUCUGGCAAAAAAAUGAUAGCAGUGCGCGACUCCAUCGAUGGGACUCCUAAGAUCAUACCCACCGAUAUAUCGAUCGGUUCAAUUGGCAAGUCGGAGAGUGAGUUAACCGAAGUAGAGGAACCGAUGCAAGCCAAGAAUACACGUUUGAUUUCACGUCACAAGUACUACACUGAUCCAGAUCUCUCACCGGAAGUUGAACAAGAGAUCAUACGCAAAUGGAAAAAAAUUGUGGGACCAGAUGUUGAGGUUAUAGUCGCCCAAAUUAAGAAGUUUGCUGUUGGUGGUUUGGGUAUAUCCCUAGAAGGUACAGUCGACGUCGAGGGAGGACGUGAAGUACGUCCACAUCACUACAUUCGUUCGAUUUUGGCUGACGGACCCGUUGGUGUAAAUGGGGUACUUCGAUCUGGUGAUGAACUUUUGGAGGUGAAUGGCGAACGUUUGCUUGGAAUGAAUCAUUUAGAAGUAGUAGCCAUCUUGAAGGAGUUACCUCAAGAUGUACGCAUGGUUUGUGGGCGCGGCAAGAAAGCAUUAAUGCCGUUCUCGGAUGAUACUUUAAAGAAAUUAAGUAGUAAUUUUGAGAAUUUAUUGCCAGCCUCAGAUCGAUUGGUGAAAGCCAAAUCCGAUGGCAGCUUGGCCACUGCGGUUUCGGUCAAUGACGAGUCUUUCAAUAAGUUGAAGUCGCGCUCGCUGGAACCACUCACCGGAUUGGCAAUGUGGUCGUCUGAACCGCAGAUAAUCGAACUGGUCAAGGGCGAUCGCGGUUUGGGCUUCUCCAUACUAGACUAUCAGGAUCCCUUAGAUUCCAAAGAUACAUUAAUUGUUAUACGCUCGCUAGUGCCUGGCGGAGUGGCACAACUAGAUGGUCGUCUUAUACCCGGUGACCGUCUGCUAUUUGUCAAUUCAAUUAACUUGGAAAAUGCAUCGUUAGAUCAAGCAGUACAGGCGCUUAAGGGUGCCUCAAAAGGUGUAGUUCGUAUAGGUGUUGCCAAGCCAUUACCUAUGACAGAUAAUUCUUUGAAAAGUACCAACACCAACAACGAUGAGUCGAAAUGUGGAGACGCAUCCAUUGAUACGAGCGGAAUAGGUGGCAGCGAGAACGUUUCCAUGCAACUAAGCAAUGCUUCCACUAGUAUUGUUGAACCGGAUUUGAUACCCGAUUGGCGAAAAUAAGAUAAAAAGCAUUGAGACCGGAAAAAUGGCAGCGCGUAGAGCAAUAAAGUAAUUUGGAUAUUCUUAUGUGCACCUAAAUGUAUUCAUUAAGUGUAGCUGCAAUUGUUAAAAUAUAUUAUACUUCGAGGUUACAGUAGUCGUAACGAUGCAUCAAAAUCAUGCACGAAAUAGUGGAGCGAGCUCAACAGAAAUGUUGACGUCUAUAAGGCGUUUAUUUCUUUUAACAACUAUUUCAAUUGAAUGCUUGAGCGACUGUACUUAAAUUGCAUAUUUACAUAUUAUUCUCUUUUAGAGUACAUUCCAUCUGGCAAUAAUUAAUGCCAGAAUAUUAUUUUACCAUGGUAUGUUCAUAUAUAUGUAUUUUUCAUACACAUUUGAUUAUUAUUGUUUUAAUAUUCUCUCACAAUAUAUUAUUUAAACUA